AUGGCCAUGAUGAACGAAAAGACCGACGCGGAUGCCCGUACUCAAUUCAUCAAGUUCAUGGCUCGUCUUGAUCCACCUUCAGACACAGAUGACCCUCGCUUACUUGACGACAUCUUCCACCAUAUCGUCUCCAGGGAUGGCGGUGAAGCGUGGCUACUCAACUUUCUCGCGCCGCUUUCCAAGCCCAACCCUGCAGUAUCGCAUGAUUUCUGGUUAGUAUGGAUGUAA